AUGGUCAAAAUCGUGCUCUUGUUACUUGUCAUUGCCCUCAAUACCUUUCAAACUUCAGCACGAGCUUGUUUUAUCACUUACAAAAUCACGGUUCGUGUCAUUAACAAUCUCCCUUCAGGUUCCGAGCCGUUGAUAGUUCGUUGUCAGUCCAAAGACGACGAUCUUGGAUACCACACGCUUACUGUUAAUCAAGAAUUCAAAUGGUCGUUUUGCGAGCGUUUAUUUGGCCAUACUUUAUUCUUUUGUCAUCUGUGGUGGGGUUCGAAACAAGUGGCCUUUGAUGCUUUUCGUUCGGAAAAAUUCAAAGACUCCAAAAUUCUGCAUUUUUGGUUGGCUGGGAGUACGGGGAUAUGGUAUUGUAACUCUAAUGACCCCUCGGACAACAGAGCUGCCACGAACACACCGGAGAGCUCAAAAUCAAGACCACAGGAAGAACCACCAAGGCUGCAAUCGUUCGAGCACCGGCAGCCCGGCCACACGGCGGACGGGCGGGUUGCGGCCUUCUUGAAGACAACUCUGAACAUAGUCUGGCAUUCACACACUUCCAUCAGGUGGAAAAGAGACAGUGCACGAGCAGGACUCCCGCAGACCGGUAGACCCCUGCGACUGGAACUCGAAAGUGGCGGUGGCGCCCCCUCCGUGGCUGUGGAAUUGGAACAGCGAGACCGCCACAGACUGGGUCUCUUGUCGACCUCCAAGGGGGCAAAAAAAAAUGGCUCUAAUCACGCAUCGGUCUGGCAGGCAGGACGGCAGCAGCGACUCUCCGACGGAGAAGGGGGGUAG